CAUGAAGUGACAGUUCACACGUACCAGAGUCUCACACAGGGCUCACAGGAGGAGGAGAGAGCACACUGAGAGAGAGACCUGUGGAAACAGACAAGGUGACCAGAGAAAGAGGUGAAAGUGGACGGACCCUGGUGUUGUGGUUGAUUCAUUGAGGCAGUGGAGGCAGGAUGUGGGUCCUCAUCUGGGCAGCUCUACUCUUCUCUCUGGCAGAGAGAGCAACAUCUGAAAAACAGGCAGCAUCACCCUGGAGAAUUACAUUCAGUCCAGAAGAGAAAACCGUAGAGAAGGGACUAUGUGCUGUUAUUUCAUGUACCUUCACUCACCCUGAUAACGUAGAGCCUACCACUGCAAUAUGGUUCAAGUGCCCUAAAAAUGGAAAAUGUGAUCUGGAUAAAAACAUAAUUUUCCACUCCGAAGAUCCCUCUGAAGCUCAGGAGGGUUAUAGACAUAGAGUGUCUCUACUAGAGACAGACCUGACAAAGGGGAACUGUAGUGUGAUCAUCAACGACAUCAGAGAGAAUGAUGCUGGACAGUAUCGAUACAGAAUGAUAGGAGGACCAUAUACAUACCCACAGAAAAUGAAAAUCAAAGUGACAGCUCUGACCCAGAAGCCCUCAGUGUUGACUCCUCCUCUGACAGAGGGAGAACCAGCUACUCUGACCUGCACUGCCCCAGGGAUCUGCUCUGGAACCCCUCCUAACAUCACAUGGACAUGGAGAGGGACAGGAGACAACAUCACUGAGCUCAGAGACAACACCACUAUACAAAAGAGAGAGGAUCUGACCAGCGUCACAACAACCCACUUCUCAACUUUGACCUUUACCCCCUCAGCUAACGAUCACAGCACCAAGGUCACAUGUCUGGUGACCUUCAAUGGCAGUGUCACCACUAAGAAGACACUGACAUUGAAUGUGACAUAUGUGAAGGAACCCAAUAUCUCUGGUAAUAACACAGUGAGAGAGGGUGACACCCUGAAUCUGACCUGCAGUGUUGACAGCUACCCACCAUCAUCAUCAAAUAUCAACUGGAGUAAUACCGGGUCAACAGCUUUGGAACAGAAAAACUCUGGACUGGCCGCUCUAGUUGUCUCUAACUUGACAAGAGAACUUGCUGGGGAUUAUGUGUGUACAGCUCAACACCUCAACAGGACUCUGACAGCUUCCACUGUUGUAACUGUGAUGUAUCGUCCUGUGAUGCUCAAUGGCUCUGGGUGUGUGGUCCAGGCAGAGGUCAUGACCUGUGUGUGUGUUGCUCAGGGUGUUCCCUUACCCAUAAUAGAGUGGCCACUGCUGGAGCUCAACACAGAGAAGUACAGCCUCACUACAUCAGUGUUCGGGUCCUCAGUGAACAGCACCAUCAGCCUGCCUGUUAGAAACCAGACCAACAACACCACUGUGGAGUGUGUCAGCAGAAAUGUGUUGGUAGGAGUGAGAGAGAAGUUGCAGGUCACGCAAAAAGAGAGCCCAGAAAAGCAAGGAGAAAAAGAAGGGGAAGACAGAGCUUUGCUGUCGGACCUAAAACAGAUUACUGCAUUUGUGAUUGGUGCAGCUCUCUCAGCCACCAUCUGUUGUAUCUUCCUGUGUUUCACAGGGAAAUGUAAAAGACAAAAACAGAGGAUCUCAAAGGACUCAGACUCCAAAAGCCCUUUCAUAAACCUGGAGAUUGUGGCAUGUGAAGACCAACAGAUGGAUGCAGGACGGGCUGUGCGGGGUGAACAGACCCCUCUGCAGGUGGUGCUGAGGGAGGGAGCUGAAAACGUAGGGCCCCAGACCAGUGGAGCCGCGGGAAAAUCUUCCACAAGGGAAGAACCAAAUGAAGUGGACUACGCCAGUAUCAACUACUCCCUGCUGAAGAAGAAGACUCCUGAGGAGGCAGAGAAGAAGACCACCACAACAGAGUCAGAGUACGCCAAAAUCAAACAAGAGAAGAAGAAAGAAGGGGAUGAAGAUGGAGGAGAGGGGAGUGGAAUGAUGAUGAUGGGGAAGGAUGAGGAGAAAGAGAACGGUAAGCCGGCAGCAGAGACAGAUGAGGAUACAGCACUUUACUCCAACGUAAAGGCUAUAAUGGGUGGUGGUGAGUGACAGCAAUUUUCGCUAGAAAAAGUGGCUGAUAGCAUACAGUAUUAUACAGCCAUGGAUUCUUAUAUCAUUUUCUGAAUCCAGAUUGAAAGUUUUAUGAUGAUACUGGGACUUUUGUUCAACUGAAACUACUGUAGUUAAUAAUUUUGGUAAAUGCUUUAUUUUACAGCCAUGUGUCAGAUAGUACUGUAUGUGCCUGGUGCUUCUACAAUUUAAAUAAUCAUAUUUUCUAGUUGUACAUAGAAGAAUGUUCUGGGUAUGUUUUGUAAUGUUUUUCAAGGAAGUGUCAUUUUACUUUUGAAACGAUUCUGUUUUGUCACCAUGAGGAAGGACUGACAAUGAUGUGGUUUGGAAAAGUAGAGAGGUCAAACCCUUUCAUGUUUUUCUCCCCUUUCCUUUCAUUUGUGUGGGUGGGGAUAUUAUGUAGUAUGUGUGGUUGUAACCAACAUCUUUCUGUAAAUAGGAUACUGAUUUACUGCAGAAAACGUUGACAAAAUGUAAUAAAGAAUUCUCAUUUUGGGCUAGCUAGAGAGCUCAAAUGAAAUGAAUCAAGAAAAAAAGUACAUUGUGCUUUUAGUGCUAUAGGCGUGCUAUAGACGGAUUGGUUGUUUAGCAACCAAACAGACACGUGUACAGCUAUGGAGUACAACAGACUGGAUUGGCUUAGAUUUUUUACAACAUGUAAACUAUAUCUUGUCUCUAAUGUUUAUUGAAAAUACAUAUACAUUUGCACAA